AUGACAAAGCGCUGAUGGAACGCCUAUCGCAGUUGAGCCUCCCACUUCCGUUGACAUGCCCACUUCCAGACACCCAUCCAGUCAGCCAGACUUGACUCUGAAAGCAGAAGAAAAACACCCGCCAUCUUGUCUGUCAGUCGAACUUCCCACACUGCACUGCGGCAUUGUUGUUUGCAUUAAACAUGGCGUCGGUGAGCUGUCCGUUACAGAGAACCUUCUCCCGCCCAGCCACCAGCUCGUCCCAACCCGACACCACCCCGGUACUCUGUCGGGAGCGGUUAUGGGUGUUGUCGGUGCAGCGUUACGGGAGAGACCCAGGUUUCAGUCUGUAUUUCCCGCAGAACAUCAGCUCCUCAGACAGCCUCUACGACGCUACUCUGACAGAUGGGGACUGCAGGCUGCGUGUGACCCUUGACCCCAGCCUCAACCGUCUGGUGGAGAGGAACGUGUUCCGGUGUGGCUCUCAGCUACGACAUGUUACCUUUUCACCCGGGGAGUCUGUAGAGGAGGAGGGGGGAGGAGGGAGGACUUACAGGCUGGUGAGUGUGGAGGUGGCUGGGGACGAAGGGGGGAUGGAGGGGCUGACUCCCGGGGUGGAGGUGGAGAGACUGCCAUGGUACGGAGCCCAACCAGACCCAGAGAGAGACCCAGGAUCCCAUCCAGCAGACCCAGCCCUAAUCCCAGACCCAGUCCACCUAGAGAGGGCCCAGGCCCCCAGCUUGCUGCCCCUCAGGGCCAGGAGAAGCUGCUAUCUGCCCCUCUGGAACAACCAGGACUACAGUGGACCAGCCUGGAGGGAGACUCCCAACUCGGACAACUCAGAGGACUCGGACCAAGACGAAGAGGGUGUUCGGGCUACAGUGACGCUAGCUGAACUGCAGGAGGACUUCCUGUCCCGUAAGGGCGGUGCCACAGCGAGGAGGGGUGUGGCCAGGGGUCUGCUGGUGGUGCGAGUUCUAAACAAGUCCAGAGUGAUGUAUUAUGGGAAAUCCGACAGCAAUUGUGAAUGCCCUUAUAAGGCGGUGUUGGAGGUGUGUGAUGUGUCGGGGUGUGUGUGUGUGUGCGUGUUGUGGAACAGUGUGUGUGUGUCCUGGUAUGGCAGACUGCGACCAGGUCAGGUAUUGAGAACGAGAGGCUUCAGAGUCAAGGAGAGCUACGACAAGAGAGACCACCAACAUAUAGAGAUCAGUCUAAACUCCAGGAACCCGUCAGCUGAGAUCUCUAUCGUCCCAGAAUUCUCUCUGUCUGCUGACGUCCGUUUGCUACGUCCCUCCUACUCCUUCUGCAAUGGGAAGGAUCUCCUCAGCUGUCCCCACGGCAACAUCUGUGAUGUCAUCGGCCUGGUGGUGUUCUCAGGCCGGCCUGAAAGAAUCAGGAGCAAGGAUGGACAGGGAAAAGAGCUGUUGGAGUAUCGGUGGCUCCGAUUGGACGACGGGACUUCUGAUCAACCAAUCAUGAUAAAGCUCUUCUCAACGUCUCAACCAGAGACACACAACAAGAUACUCCCACUGUCCGUAGUGGUGUGUACCAGACUCCAGAUGGUUGGAGAUUCAUCCUGCUGUUACCUCACCAACACUACCUACACACAGAUCUACUGCACAGGUUCUGGCCACCACUCAGUGAUGCCCUACAGGAAGCUCCACCCAGUGCGUCAGUUUGUCCGAUGGCUGCGGAGCGUGGAUGACAGACAGGUGCUGAGCAGGGCUGUGGUUGGUGGAUACUUCAUCUACCCGCCCCCUCCCGUCUCCCUGGAAGCCUACAUGAAGAACAGAAAAGGCAAGGAGGACUGCAGAUGUGGCCAGGGCAAUACAUUGCAAUGUGAGACGCCUAAGGGAGGAAAAAGAAGAAGUAUUCAAUGGAAAGACAACAGGUGAACUAGGCCUGCUGAGAGGGGCGGAGCUAAAGUGGGAGGUGGAGCGACUUCAGUACAGAGAGAGACGUAGCUUCUGUAUCCAGGCAACCGUCACCAUGGUUACUCACUGCCAUAGAGGAAAGGAAGACCAGUGUCUAGU